AUGCCUCCACAAAUCAACCAACCAAACGACGAUUUUAAUCAUCAUGCGGAUCACCAUCGUACGGUUGGAAGUCCAACAAUCCCACGAGGAAAAGGAGGCAAAGGAUUGGGAAAGGGAGGAGCAAAACGUCACCGGAAAGUUCUCCGUGACAACAUCCAGGGAAUCACAAAGUCGGCGAUUUGCCGUCUUGCGAGGCGUGGCGGCGUUAAGCGUAUAAGCGGUCUUAUCUACGAGGAAACACAUGGUGUGUUGAAGAUCUUCCUCGAGAACGUUAUUCGUGACGCUGUUACUUACACCGAACAUGCUCGCCGGAAAACCGUCACUACGAUGGACGUUGUCUAUGCAUUGAAGCGUCAGGGUCGUACACUGUACGGAUUCGGUGGUUAA